GUUAAGAUGGCGGCUCGUGUGAGAGAGGGGUGCUGACCGAACCCUUUCCUGCCGUUCCUGCGCCCCGCGCUGCCCCGUCUUUCUCACUUCCCUCGUGCGGAGCGAAGGCUCCCGAGUGUGACCGCGACACCCUGAAGGAGACGCCAAGCUCCCCGUCGCCCGUCCUGCCUCCCGCCCCCCCUCCAUUUCCUCCUUGUGCGCCCGGCCCCUGCCUGCCUCCCUCCAGGGAGCGGGAGCAAAACAUGACAUCGAUCCACUUCGUAGUGCACCCGCUGCCGGGCACCGAGGACCAGCUCAAUGACAGGUUAAGAGAAGUUUCAGAAAAGCUCAACAAGUACAACUUAAAUAGCCAUCCUCCUUUGAAUGUAUUGGAACAGGCAACAAUUAAACAGUGUGUAGUAGGACCAAAUCAUGCUGCAUUUCUUCUUGAGGAUGGUAGAGUCUGCAGAAUUGGCUUUUUAGUUCAACCAGACAGGUUGGAAUUGGGUAAACCUGAUAACAGUGAUGGUUCAAAGUUGAGCAGUGGCUCAGGGGCAGGAAGGACAUCCAGGCCAGGCAGGACUAGUGAUUCCCCAUGGUUUCUGUCUGGUUCUGAAACUCUGGGCAGACUGGCAGGCAACACCCUUGGAAGUCGAUGGAGCUCUGGUGUGGGAGGAAGUGGAGGAGGAUCAUCAGGUAGAUCAUCAGCUGGAGCUAGAGAUUCGCGAAGGCAAACACGAGUUAUUCGAACUGGACGUGAUAGAGGAUCUGGUCUGUUGGGUAGUCAGCCACAACCGGUGAUUCCAGCAUCUGUUAUCCCAGAAGAACUCAUUUCACAGGCGCAAGUUGUUUUACAAGGAAAAUCUAGAAGUGUAAUUAUCAGAGAACUUCAACGAACAAAUCUUGAUGUUAAUCUUGCGGUGAACAACUUGCUGAGUCGUGAUGAUGAGGAUGGUGAUGAUGGUGAUGAUACAGCAAGCGAAUCUUACCUUCCUGGAGAGGAUCUUAUGUCUCUUCUGGAUGCUGACAUACAUUCUGCUCACCCAAGUGUCAUUAUUGAUGCUGAUGCUAUGUUUUCAGAAGAUAUUAGUUACUUUGGUUAUCCAUCCUUUCGGCGCUCAUCACUUUCCAGGCUAAGCUCGUCCCGAGUUCUCCUUCUUCCCUUAGAGAGAGACUCUGAGCUGUUGCGUGAACGUGAGUCCGUUUUACGUUUGCGUGAAAGAAGGUGGCUUGAUGGAGCCUCAUUUGAUAAUGAAAGAGGCUCUACAAGCAAAGAAGGAGAGCCAAACCUUGACAAGAAGAAUACACCUGUCCAAAGCCCAGUCUCGUUAGGAGAAGAUUUGCAGUGGUGGCCAGAUAAGGACGGAAUGAAAUUUAUUUCUAUUGGUGCUCUGUAUUCUGAGUUGGUGGCAGUGAGCAGUAAAGGGGAGCUCUAUCAGUGGAAGUGGAGUGAAUCUGAACCAUACAGAAAUACACAGAAUCCAUCAAUACAUCAUCCGCGUGCAGGAUCAUUGGGAUUGACCAAUGAGAAGAUAGUUCUCCUUUCUGCAAAUAGCAUUAGAGCAACUGUUGCCACUGAAAACAAUAAGGUGGCUACCUGGGUAGAUGAAACUUUGAGUUCUGUAGCAUCUAAAUUAGAACAUACUGCACAGACCUACUCAGAACUUCAAGGAGAACGAAUAGUUUCACUGCACUGUUGUGCCCUUUAUACCUGUGCUCAGUUGGAGAAUAAUUUAUAUUGGUGGGGUGUAGUUCCUUUUAGUCAAAGGAAGAAGAUGCUGGAAAAGGCUAGAGCCAAAAAUAAAAAGCCCAAGUCUAGUGCUGGUAUAUCUUCAAUGCCAAAUAUCACUGUUGGUACUCAGGUUUGUUUGAGGAAUAAUCCCCUCUAUCAUGCUGGUGCAGUGGCCUUUUCAAUUAGUGCUGGAAUUCCUAAAGUUGGUGUUUUAAUGGAAUCUGUUUGGAAUAUGAAUGAUAGCUGUAGAUUUCAGCUCCGGUCACCAGAGAGUUUAAAGAACAUGGAGAAAGCUAAUAAAACUACAGAGGCAAAGCCUGAAAGUAAGCAGGAACCAGUGAAAACUGAAAUGGGCCCACCACCUUCUCCAGCCUCUACCUGUAGUGAUGCAUCUUCAAUAGCAAGCAGUGCAUCAAUGCCAUAUAAACGGCGAAGAUCUACACCAGCUCCUAAGGAAGAAGAGAAGGUGAAUGAGGAACAGUGGUCUCUUAGAGAAGUUGUAUUUGUGGAAGAUGUUAAAAAUGUUCCUGUUGGGAAGGUACUAAAAGUGGAUGGUGCUUAUGUUGCUGUAAAAUUUCCAGGGACAUCUACUAAUGCAAAUUGUGCAAGCAGCACUGGUUUGGAUCCUGAUCCCUCUUCUCUUCUUCAAGAUUGCCGAUUGCUCCGAAUAGAUGAACUACAAGUUGUAAAAACUGGUGGGACACCAAAAGUUCCAGAUUGUUUUCAGAGAACUCCUAAAAAACUAUGUAUUCCUGAAAAAACAGAAAUUCUGGCAGUUAAUGUAGAUUCGAAAGGAGUCCAUGCUGUCCUCAAGACUGGAAAUUGGGUUAGAUACUGCAUCUUUGAUCUAGCAACUGGAAAAGCAGAACAGGAAAAUAAUUUUCCCACUAGCAGCCUUGCUUUCCUUGGGCAGAACGAGAGAAGUGUUGCUAUUUUCACUGCUGGACAGGAAUCACCAAUUAUUCUUAGAGAUGGAAAUGGCACUAUAUAUCCAAUGGCAAAAGACUGCAUGGGUGGAAUAAGAGAUCCUGAUUGGCUUGAUCUUCCUCCUAUUAGCAGUCUGGGAAUGGGAGUACAUUCCUUAACAAAUAUUCCUGCUAAUUCAACCAUUAAAAAGAAAGCUGCUAUCAUCAUAAUGGCUGUUGAGAAGCAGACUUUAAUGCAACAUAUUCUGCGAUGUGAUUAUGAGUCCUGCAGACAGUAUCUUAUGAACCUCCAGCAAGCUGUUGUCUUGGAUCAGAAUCCACAAAUGCUACAGACAUUCCUUGGCCAUCGAUGUGACGGAAAUAGAAAUAUUCUGCAUGCUUGUGUGUCUGUGUGCUUUCCAACCAGUAAUAAAGAAACUAAAGAGGAAGAGGAAGCAGAGCGCUCAGAAAGGAAUACAUUUGCUGAAAGAUUAUCUGCGGUUGAAGCUAUUGCAAAUGCUAUUUCAGUGGUGUCAAGUAAUGGACCAGGAAAUCGUGCAGGGUCCUCCAGCAGUAGAAGUUUGCGACUGAGAGAAAUGAUGAGAAGAUCCUUGAGAGCAGCAGGUUUGGGCAGACAUGAAGCUGGAGCUUCUUCUAGUGACCAUCAGGAUCCGGUUUCUCCUCCCAUAGCUCCUCCAAGCUGGGUUCCUGAUCCUCCAGCAAUGGAUCCUGACGGUGACAUUGAUUUUAUCCUGGCUCCUGCUGUGGGAUCUCUUACCACAGCAACGACUGGCACCGGCCAAGGACCAAGCACUUCUACCAUACCAGGUCCUUCUACAGAACCCUCUGUAGUGGAGUCAAAAGACAGGAAAGCCAACGCUCACUUCAUAUUGAAACUGUUGUGUGACAGUGCGGUUUUACAGCCAUAUCUCCGGGAACUGCUGUCAGCCAAGGAUGCAAGAGGCAUGACACCGUUUAUGUCUGCAGUUAGUGGCAGAGCAUAUCCUGCUGCAAUUACUAUUUUAGAAACUGCACAGAAAGUUGCCAAAGCAGAGGCAAUGUCAAGUGAAAAAGAGGAAGAUGUGUUUAUGGGAAUGGUUUGUCCAACUGGCACAAAUCCAGAUGACUCUCCUUUGUAUGUUUUGUGUUGCAACGAUACUUGUAGUUUUACAUGGACUGGUGCAGAACAUAUAAAUCAGGAUAUAUUUGAAUGCCGAACAUGUGGUUUACUGGAAUCUCUGUGCUGUUGCACAGAAUGUGCACGAGUAUGCCAUAAAGGCCAUGAUUGCAAGCUUAAACGCACAUCACCUACAGCAUACUGUGACUGCUGGGAGAAGUGCAAGUGCAAAACACUAAUUGCAGGACAGAAAUCUGCCCGUCUUGAUCUGCUUUUCCGGCUGCUUACUACUACAAAUCUUGUUACCAUGCCAAAUAGUAGGGGGGAACAUCUCCUGUUGUUCUUAGUACAGACAGUUGCGCGACAAACGGUAGAACACUGCCAGUACCGGCCACCAAGAAUUAGAGAAGAUCGUAAUCGUAAAACUGCAAACCCUGAAGAUUCAGAUAUGCCUGAUCAUGAUUUAGAACCACCACGAUUUGCACAGCUUGCCUUGGAACGUGUUUUACAAGACUGGAAUGCAUUGAAAUCUAUGAUCAUGUUUGGCUCACAGGAGAACAAAGACCCUCUUAGUGCAAGCAGUAGGAUUGGUCAUCUUUUGCCUGAAGAACAAGUUUAUCUUAAUCAGCAAAGUGGUACUAUUCGACUGGAUUGUUUUACACAUUGUCUCAUUGUGAAAUGUACAGCAGAUAUUUUGCUUUUAGAUACUUUGCUGGGGACUCUUGUAAAGGAAUUGCAAAACAAAUACACUCCAGGUCGCAGAGAAGAAGCAAUUUCUGUGACAAUGCGAUUUCUGCGUUCUGUAGCUAGAGUUUUUGUAAUUCUUAGUGUGGAAAUGGCUUCUUCAAAAAAGAAAAACAACUUUAUUCCUCAGCCAAUUGGAAAAUGUAAGCGUGUAUUCCAAGCUUUAUUACCUUAUGCUGUAGAGGAAUUAUGCAAUGUAGCAGAGUCCCUCAUUAUCCCAGUUAGGAUGGGUAUUGCACGUCCUACAGCACCUUUUACAUUGGCAAGCACAAGUAUAGAUGCCAUGCAAGGCAGUGAAGAGCUGUUCUCAGUAGAACCUCUUCCUCCACGGCCAUCUUCUGACCAGUCCAGCAGUUCCAGUCAGUCACAGUCCUCCUAUAUCAUUAGGAAUCCACAGCAAAGACGGAUCAGUCAGUCUCAGCCAGUUCGUGGCAGAGAGGAAGAACAAGAUGAUAUUGUGUCAGCAGAUGUGGAAGAGGUUGAAGUAGUUGAAGGAGUUGCAGGAGAAGAAGAUCACCAUGAUGAACAAGAAGAACAUGGCGAGGAAAAUGCAGAAGCAGAAGGCCAGCAUGAUGAACAUGAUGAAGAUGGAAGCGAUAUGGAGUUGGAUUUACUAGCAGCCGCAGAAACUGAGAGUGACAGUGAGAGUAACCAUAGCAACCAGGAUAAUGCUAGUGGACGCAGAAGUGUUGUCACUGCAGCUACGGCAGGAUCAGAAGCAGGAGCUAGUAGUGUACCAGCUUUUUUUUCUGAGGAUGACUCUCAGUCAAAUGACACCAGUGAUUCAGACAGCAGUAGCAGCCAGAGUGACGAUAUAGAGCAAGAGACCUUCAUGCUGGAUGAGCCACUGGAGCGAACCACAAGCAGCUCUCAUGCAAAUGGCGCAGCCCAGGCACCCCGCUCCAUGCAAUGGGCUGUACGCAACACCCAGAAUCAGAGGACCACUAGCACUGCACCAUCUAGUACCUCUGCUCCAGCAGCAAGUUCAGCAGGCUUAAUUUAUAUUGAUCCAUCCAACCUGCGUCGGAGUGGAACCAUCAGCACAAGCGCAGCAGCCGCAGCCGCAGCUCUUGAGGCGAGCAAUGCUAGCAGCUAUCUAACAUCAGCAAGCAGUUUGGCGAGGGCAUACAGCAUUGUGAUACGACAAAUAUCUGAUCUUAUGGGACUAAUUCCCAAGUACAAUCACUUAGUAUACUCCCAGAUCCCAGCUGCAGUGAAGCUGACGUACCACGAUGCCGUAAAUUUACAGAAUUAUGUUGAGGACAAACUGAUUCCCACUUGGAACUGGAUGGUGAGCAUUAUGGACUCCACUGAAGCUCAGCUGCGUUACGGUUCUGCACUUGCCUCUGCUGGAGAUCCUGGCCAUCCAAACCAUCCUCUUCAUGCAUCACAGAACUCAACCAGAAGAGAGAGGAUGACAGCACGUGAAGAAGCUAGCCUAAGAACUUUGGAGGGUAGAAGACGUGCUACACUGCUCAGUGCUCGACAGGGGAUGAUGUCUGCAAGGGGAGAUUUCUUGAAUUACGCCCUCUCCUUGAUGCGUUCUCACAAUGAUGAGCAUUCUGAUGUUCUUCCAGUUUUGGAUGUCUGCUCAUUGAAACAUGUAGCAUAUGUCUUUCAAGCUCUCAUUUAUUGGAUUAAAGCAAUGAACCAACAAACAACUUUGGAUACACCACAGCUGGAACGGAAGAGGACUCGGGAACUCUUGGAACUUGGUCUGGACAAUGAGGAUUCAGAGCAUGAAAAUGAUGAUGACACAAAUCAAAGUACUACACUUAAUGACAAGGAUGAUGACUCCCUUCCAGCUGAAACAGGCCAAAACCAUCCAUUCUUCCGGCGAUCUGAUUCUAUGACAUUCUUGGGCUGUAUUCCACCUAACCCUUUUGAAGUUCCUCUAGCAGAGGCCAUCCCUCUGGCAGACCAGCCACAUUUGUUACAGCCAAAUGCUAGAAAAGAAGAUUUGUUCGGUCGGCCAAGUCAAGGUCUCUAUUCAUCAUCUGCCAAUAGUGGGAAGUGUUUACUAGAAGUGACCAUGGAUAGAAAUUGUCUUGAGGUUCUUCCAACCAAGAUGUCCUAUGCAGCCAAUUUAAAAAAUGUGAUGAGCAUGCAGUAUCGGCAGAAGAAAGAAGAAGAACAAAAUGUGCCAUCAGAAGAAUCGGAGGGUUCAAAGCCAGGCCCGUCAGCACACGAUCUUGCAGCACAACUAAAAAGCAGUUUACUGGCAGAGAUUGGGCUAACUGAAAGUGAAGGACCUCCUCUAACAUCCUUCAGGCCACAGUGUAGCUUCAUGGGAAUGGUAAUUUCUCAUGAUAUGCUGCUUGGACGUUGGCGUCUUUCUCUAGAGUUAUUUGGGAGAGUAUUCAUGGAAGAUGUAGGAGCAGAACCUGGAUCGAUCUUGACUGAAUUAGGUGGUUUUGAAGUGAAGGAAUCAAAAUUCCGCAGAGAAAUGGAAAAGCUGAGAAAUCAGCAGUCUAGGGAUUUAACAUUAGAGGUUGAUCGGGAUAGAGACCUUCUAAUUCAGCAAACAAUGAGACAGCUCAACAAUCACUUUGGUCGAAGAUGUGCUACCACUCCAAUGGCUGUCCACAGGGUAAAGGUUACAUUUAAGGAUGAACCGGGAGAAGGCAGCGGUGUGGCACGAAGCUUUUAUACUGCUAUUGCACAAGCCUUUUUGUCAAAUGAGAAACUGCCAAAUUUAGAUUGCAUUCAAAAUGCCAACAAGGGGACACAUACAAGUCUAAUGCAGAGAUUACGGAACAGAGGGGAGAGAGAUCGGGAAAGGGAGCGGGAGAGAGAAAUGAGGAGAAACAGUAGUGGGCUGCGAACUGGUUCUCGAAGAGACAGAGACAGGGAUUUCAGAAGGCAGCUGUCCAUUGACACCAGACCUUUUCGACCUGCAUCUGAAGGGAAUCCUAGUGAUGAUCCUGAUCCUCUUCCAGCACAUCGACAGGCCCUUGGUGAAAGACUUUACCCCCGUGUACAAGCAAUGCAACCUGCAUUUGCAAGCAAGAUUACAGGCAUGCUAUUGGAAUUAUCACCUGCACAGCUGCUUUUGCUAUUAGCAAGUGAAGAUUCUCUUCGAGCAAGGGUGGAUGAAGCUAUGGAACUCAUCAUUGCACAUGGGAGGGAAAAUGGAGCUGACAGCAUUCUAGACCUUGGCUUGUUGGAUUCUUCUGAUAAAGUACAAGAAAAUAGAAAACGACAUGGUUCCAGUCGUAGUGUUGUGGACAUGGAAUUAGAUGAUACAGAUGAUGGUGAUGAUAAUGCACCACUCUUUUAUCAACCUGGAAAACGCGGUUUUUAUACCCCAAGGCCAGGCAAAAACACCGAAGCCAGGCUAAAUUGUUUCAGAAAUAUUGGCAGAAUUCUAGGAUUGUGCUUGCUGCAAAAUGAACUAUGUCCAAUCACGUUAAAUCGACAUGUAAUAAAAGUUCUUCUUGGCAGAAAGGUUAACUGGCAUGAUUUUGCCUUUUUUGAUCCGGUUAUGUAUGAGAGUUUACGGCAACUCAUCCUCGCUUCCCAAAGUACAGAUGCUGAUGCUGUCUUUGCAGCAAUGGACUUAGCUUUUGCAAUAGAUCUGUGCAAAGAGGAAGGUGGAGGACAGGUUGAACUUAUUUCUAAUGGUGUAAAUAUACCAGUCACCCCUCAAAAUGUGUAUGAAUAUGUCCGUAAAUAUGCAGAACACAGAAUGCUAGUAGUUGCAGAACAACCUCUACACGCAAUGAGGAAGGGUCUUUUGGAUGUACUCCCAAAGAAUUCCUUAGAAGACUUGACAGCAGAAGAUUUCAGGCUUCUAGUCAAUGGCUGUGGUGAAGUUAAUGUGCAAAUGCUAAUCAGCUUUACUUCUUUCAAUGAUGAGUCAGGAGAAAAUGCUGAGAAACUUUUGCAGUUUAAACGAUGGUUUUGGUCCAUAGUAGAGAAGAUGAGUAUGACUGAAAGGCAAGAUCUCGUUUACUUUUGGACAUCUAGCCCAUCAUUACCUGCUAGUGAAGAAGGAUUUCAGCCGAUGCCAUCCAUCACAAUUAGACCACCAGAUGAUCAACACCUUCCUACAGCAAACACAUGUAUAUCUCGCCUUUAUGUUCCACUUUAUUCUUCUAAACAGAUUCUUAAACAGAAGUUGCUACUCGCCAUUAAGACCAAAAAUUUUGGUUUUGUGUAGACUAUUAAAAAAAAGUGUGUAUUGCUGUAUAAUUAUUACUAGCUAGAUUUUUUGUAGAGUUUCCAUUUGUCUAUAAAAGUUUAUGAAAGUUAAUGCUGUCAUGCUCCCUGUUGCUGGUACUGCAAUGAUGAAAUGCAACAUUCCCAAGCAAAGUUUGCAACCUAAGGGCUGAAGAAGCACUGGCAAUGUUAGAUUGUGAUCAUUUGCUAGUCAUUAACUUCUUGGCCAAAUCCCAGCCAAAGAUGACAGCAGAACAAUAUGAAUUACACUGUGAUUUAGCUUUUUGCAAAAGGGGUGAAAAUAUGUCAAAUGUUCUUUAAAAAAAUUCACUGCUGCCUUUGUGGAAAGUGUUUCAGCAAAGGUGCUUGUAUAGAGGGAAUAGGAAAUUUCAAAAUAAAAGAUGAAGUAUGUUAUGUGGUUUAUUUUAAUUUUUUUUAAUGGUGUUUAAGUUUGUGGUUGGCUGCAGUUGUGCAUCAUGUAUAUUGAACUUGUAAAAAGUUCUUGCCAGUUAGAGCUAAGAGUUGAAAUCAUUCACGUUUGCUUACAAAAACCACUGCCAUUGCAAUUUUGUCUGCUUGCACUGGACUCUGGCACAAUAAAUACCACCAUUAAUGUUUUGCAUGUAGUCUGUAUAACCUUAGUGAGAAUCUUUUUGUAUGUAAGAAGGAAGCCAAUGCACAGUAUUUAAUCGUUUACAAUCAACAUUUUGUAUCCCUCUUUCUUUGAGCAGUCAGUUAGGAGGUUUAUACCUCCAGCUCAAAUCUGGACCCUUGUUCUGCUGUGUCUCAAGCUGGUUAAAUUUUCAGCCUGGGCACUACCUGGUAACUGUAAAAUGUUUAUAAGAUCAUGAUUAUUUGAAGGUACAUUUUGAAGAAAUUUAAUGUUCGUGAGCAGCUUAACUACUUUUGUAUCUAGCCUUUUUUAAGUAUCUUGUUACAGUUUUUAAUAAAUUACAAAGUCAUACUGAAAAAAUAGUUUUUAUUUAUGUGACCUGUAUAUUUUUAGUUGCCACUGCACACCACAGUUAUCAAUUAAGUUCCUUGUAAGUGAAUAAAACUUUUCUUCCUCUUCAAUUAAAACAGAAGCAGUCCAGGCUGCAUUUUACAGUUAGCAGAAAAUUUAAAAUGGCCUGAUCCAACGAAGUAUAAUCUUUUCAUCAAAUACAGCUUGUUCAGUUAGCACAAAAAUGUUUGCCAAAUGCAUAGUGGUGCACAUACAGAAUGCUUUUUUUAUUAAAGCAUUUUAGUGCAUAAUAUUUCAGUAUAUUGUAGGAAAGGGGAAGAUUCUUUGUUAUUUCACACUUACCGUCUCAUACUAGAUAUUAGUCAGGAAUUCUUUAUAAUGAUUUGUUAAUUUAAGUCUUCUUUUCUGUGGGGUUUUGGCAGGGGGGAAAUUGCACAUCGUUAAGAACUUGCCUGAAUUUCUGCCAGUGGACCACCUCUUCUCUUCCUCUAUGCCAACAACUUUCAUGCCUCUUUCUGCCUUAGCUUGAAAACAGCAUCCUGCUUCUGUAGAGCAUCUAUCAUUUUGGCAGGCACUGCAGCUGUGUAAAUCCUAACUGUAACCUCCUAGUAGUAAGGAGACUGAAGACUGUUCUGUUAAAAGCUGACUGUGCCAGGCUUACUCAGUUUAAAAAAUUAAACAGCAGGUGCUUUAAUUUUUCCCCUUGCACAUUUCGAUGAAAUCAUUAUUCCCCAAUGACAGCGCUUUUAAGGAUAAGGAUGGAGUUUUUCAUGUUUGGCAUAGAAUUCAGGUUCUGUUUCUGAAUUUGCUACUGGCUUAUAGCAAGUUUCUUAAUGUCUGAGCCUCUUGCAUUCUGUAAUUUAAAAAAAAAAGCUACCUACCUCACAGAAGAGUUGAGGCAUAAUAAAGUUAAUAUUCUCCAAAGCCCUUUUAGGAAAGGCUGUGUAUAUUGUAAAAUAUUGUUAUAUAUAUCCUGUGUAUAUCUAGCAUAUCCCUAUGUUAUAUGUAUAGCUCUGUAUAUAACACAAUUGUUUUACAACAGUCACAGCAGAAUAAAUUACUAAAGUUCACAAGGCCUAUACAGUAGCUUGUGUGUGUGUGUGUAGAUAUACACACAUACACAUGCACACACACAUAAAUACACAUGUACACAAACAACACUUUGCUGAUACUCUAAUGCCAAGGGGAAAGCUAGAAUGAUUUAUGUUGUAGUCAUUGACUCAAGAUGUAUAUGUAGCUAUAUAAAUAGCUUUUCUCUGUAUAUUUGAACAUUAUCAAGCUUUUAAUAAGAAAUGCUUAUUAAAAUUGUACACCGCA